CAUUGUUCCAGCGUAGUUUGAGGUGUGUCUGCUACUCUCUCCCAUUUCAUUACUAAGCUUGCUACGCGUUUGACCUCGCCCUUCGAGGCCGAGCAGCCCAGCCCAGCGACCCUCCAGCUACCUUUCCCAGCAUGCCCGGCGACGAAGGCGAGGCAGCCCAGGAGGCGCGGGGCGCGGCGGGCGCCAGGUGGCUCAGACCCGCGGGCAUGACGGAGGGGAUCUUCGACAUGCUACAGGCUCGCGGGAUGGUCAUCACCAUCUACUGGCUGACCCUCCGCAGCGCCGAGCCCCUGCAGGAGGACCACAUCCGGCGGGCGCUCUUGCAUCUCUUCAGGAAGGUGCCGCCCCUGAGGACGUGUUUCCGCAGGCGAGGCGACUGCUUGUGGCUGUGCGAGAUGGAGGAGGAGGCCGUCGACUUCCAGGUCGUCGAGGGAGCCGACCCCAGGCGAGUGACGGAGGACCUGAUGAACCAAAGCUUCCCCUCCCACGACGGCCCCCUGUGGCGUGCCAGGCUGGUCCGAGGAGCCGCCGACGAGGACUGUCCCCCGGAGGAGGUGCGGACGUCCUUCCCUCACACGAGCCACCUCGUCCUCGGGAACCAUCACGGCAUCGCCGACGGAACCUCCAACGCCAGGACCUACAACCUCCUGCUCAGGAUCCUCAAUGACGUCAUCGCCGGUAGGCCUAUCGAUGAUCAAGAGCAACUGGGCGAGAUGGCGAGCAGCGAGGAGUUUCGGGAAAUGGUCAGCGCCAAACUGCGGGAGCUUGAGAAGGACCCCGAGAACCUCCAGCGCUUGGUGGACAAGAAAGAGAAAGUCAUGACAAGCGUCCCCCUCCUGCUCCAGUGUCACCCGUCGGUAGAGGGAACAGAAGUGAAAACGGAAAUCAUCUUUGAGGAACUGGACGAAGACACGACGCGCAGGUUCUUCCACAGAUGCAAGAAGGGAGGGCGUGUCCGUGGGAAGCGCCUUCACAGCGCUCAUAAACGGAGCAACCAUCGACCUGGCCAAGAAGGCCGGCCGCACGGAUGAAACGUUCACACUGAACGAGGUGCAUGCGCUGGACGUGCGUCGGUUCCUCUCCGGCGACACCUCGAAGCACCUCGGCAGCCACAUCACAGUUUUCUCUAACGCCGUCGAGGCCCCAGCGGCGUGGCGGGAAUCCUUCUGGGACU